CACGCAGUCCGCCCGAUAGCCGAGUCAGCUCGUUGGAGCAGACAAGAUCGAAGACAAGAUAAGACUAUUGAUUUGCUUGUAGGAGAAGCAUCACAGAAGGACAAAAAAAGGUCGUGACAGUGAACCAUUUCCGUACGGCCGAGCACCACUUGAGGGCAGCCUGACGACAUCCUAAGUUCUCCAAAGUCCCUCAAUACCCCCUCCACCAUCCCACAAGCCCCCCAACUCCCAUCCUGCAUCCCUGCGUGUGGGUAUAAAGCAUCCCUUCCACAUCCUUCACUCUCUCAUGUGCAAAUAGCGCAGCGUCUCCCCUUGCUCUGCUCUACCCCCAACCCAGAAGACCCUCACCGUCGUCAUUCUACCUUCGGACCCCCCACCCGACUCCGUCCUUGCACUUUAUUUCAAGUUGGGUCAGCAGGAGAUUUUUGGGGGGCUUUUUUCCCCACAUCAGAGAGGACGACGGCUGGACUGAAGCCAGGCGAGAAGCUUUGUGGUCCGAACAUGCCGACCACAUGGUGCUGCUGGGCUCUGCUGCUGUCAGUCAUCUCUCUGGUGCUCGGAGCGGACUCGAGAUCAGCAAACGGCCAAAAGUCCAAAAUGAAGUCCUACUGGUCCGCUAGUAGCAAGGCAGCUCAGACUCUGUCAGUCAGCCGCUUUAUGGCCCGCACGUUGGACGGCAAGGACAACUUUACCCCGGUGGACCUGGACUUCCACAUGGAGGAGGAUUUGGAUUCGGAUUCCAAGCAGUGGACCUGGCUCUCCAACUACUCGGCCUCUUCGGCCUCGGGAGGACGCUCCCGGGCCAAGAGGAGGCCCAUCGUGAAGACAGGCAAGUUCAAGAAGAUGUUCGGCUGGGGCGACUUCCACUCCAACAUCAAGACGGUCAAGCUCAACCUGCUCAUCACCGGCAAGAUCGUGGACCACGGCAACGGAACCUUCAGCGUCUACUUCCGACACAACUCCACCGGGCAGGGCAACGUGUCGGUAGGGCUGGUCCCCCCCAGCAAGGCGGUGGAGUUCCACGUCCAGCACCACCAGCAGCAGGAGCUGCGCGUCCAGCAACAGACGGCGGUGGAGAGCAAGGAGAACAAGCUGUUCAACUGCCGCGUGGAAUACGAGAAGGUGGAACGCGGCACCCGAAACUCGCUGUGCGCCCACGACCCGUCGCAGAGUUGCCCUCAGGACCAGACCCAGAGUCACGUCUCCUGGCUGUGCUCCAAACCUUUCAAAGUCAUCUGUAUCUUCAUCACCUUUCACAGCACCGACUACAAGCUGGUGCAGAAGGUGUGUCCCGACUACAACUACCACAGCGACACGCCCUACACGCCCACCGGUUGACUGCCACCGAGGAGGAGGUAAGCGGACUCAUCCUGGUCCCCCCCCGCCCAGCCUGGAGGCCGGCGACGGGGCGUUCAGGGAAGCUUGGACAUCUCCCUCAAAGUGAAUCAUGUAAAUACACAGACGCCACUCGGCCAGCGUUUUAUCUUUUGUUUUUAUUUCUCAUCUGUGGCUUUUUCCGCCUCAAUCACAGACGCCAAUCAGACUCCAACAAUCAGUCGGCGGGGCCUGAUUUUGAUUUCUACUGUUCAUCAUGGGAGUUACGCUCAUGGUGAUUGAGAGUCUGCACUAUAAAGAGACCGUUAAAAAAAAAAAAAAAGUCAAGUAUUCUUUCACACUGCUGUUAAAAAAAAAAAAAAAAAAAGGGGAGAUUAUUGUAUACUACUACAUUGAUCACAACACAAAUAAGAGGUCAAGCGUGCGUGCUUCAAGCUAUUAUUAUUCUCAAUAUUGCCAUUUUGGGGGGGAGCACAUCCAUUUUUUUCACAGAUUUUCAGGGCUUUCCUGUAAUUAUUCUAUGUUGCAAGGUGUCACAUAUAAAAGUGUGUUUAUUGUGCGUCAUGUGUUUAAAAGAGCCCCCAACCUGUGGGGCUGUGACCAAUCACAUCCAGUGAAUGAAUAAAAUAUACCGAAACAUUUUCUGCCGUAUUUCUCCUAAAAUUGUAAAUCCACAGUCAACCCUCUGGAAUCGGACACUUCUGCGAUGGAAGAGCGCAGGAGAAAAAGGAAAUCCAAGCAAGAAGACACCCUCUCGGCUCCGGGUGCGUAUUCUUUUGCAUUUCCCGCUCCUUUUUGUGUGUUUACCUUUGCUUAAAGGAUUCGAGCUAAAGCAGAAAAUGGGCUGGAACUAUGGACUACAAAGAGCU